CUUAAAAUCUGAUUUUAAACCUAACCACACUGCUAACCUUAUUCCUAACCCUAAAUUAAGACCAAAAAUGCAUUUUUACGAUAUAUAGCCAAUGAUGACUUUGGCUGUGGUAACUAGUGAAAACCGCGGCUGUCACAGAAAGAGGCAAGCGUAGUUAACCUUAGUCAUGCAGCAACCUCCCCUCUGAAAAUAUUGCAAACAUAUUUUGAAAGGUAACUUGAAUUAGCAUCAGAGACAGGAAUUUGGGUGGAGUGCAGAGUGAGAUGAAAUGACAACGUCAACAUUACAGAAAGCGAUAGAUCUUGUGACCAAAGCCACAGAGGAGGAUAAGAACAAGAACUAUGAGGAGGCUUUGCGCCUUUACCAGCAUGCAGUGGAGUACUUCCUGCAUGCUGUCAAGUAUGAUGCACACAGUGACAAGGCAAAGGAGAGCAUACGUGGGAAGUGUAUGCAGUACCUAGACCGGGCAGAGAAACUCAAAGAUUACUUGAAGAACAAAGACAAAGCGGGGAAGAAGCCUGUCAAGGAAGCACAGAGUAAUGAUAAGAGUGACAGUGACAGCGAGGGUGAAAAUCCAGAGAGAAAGAAACUGCAAGAGCAACUAAUGGGUGCCAUUGUAAUGGAAAAGCCCAAUGUCCGGUGGAACGAUGUGGCUGGACUAGAGGGAGCUAAGGAGGCCUUGAAGGAAGCCGUAAUCUUGCCCAUUAAAUUCCCUCACCUCUUCACAGGCAAACGCACUCCAUGGAGAGGGAUUCUACUCUUUGGACCCCCUGGGACAGGAAAGUCUUACCUGGCCAAAGCAGUAGCCACAGAAGCCAACAACUCCACCUUCUUCUCUGUGUCAUCAUCAGACCUCAUGUCCAAGUGGCUUGGAGAGAGUGAGAAACUGGUGAAGAACCUGUUUGAUCUUGCCCGCCAGCACAAGCCCUCCAUCAUCUUUAUUGACGAGGUGGACUCGCUCUGUGGCUCCAGGAAUGAGAAUGAGAGUGAGGCAGCCCGGCGGAUCAAGACAGAGUUCCUGGUACAGAUGCAAGGUGUGGGCAACAACAAUGAUGGAAUCCUUACCCUUGGGGCCACUAACAUUCCCUGGGUUCUGGAUGCUGCCAUCCGCAGAAGGUUUGAGAAGCGUAUCUACAUCCCUCUCCCAGAGGAGCCUGCUAGGUCCCAGAUGUUCCGCCUGCACCUGGGCAACACGCCCCACAGCCUGAGUGACGCAGACCUUCGUCAGCUUGCCAAAAAGACAGAAGGCUACUCUGGGGCUGACAUCAGCAUCAUUGUACGAGAUGCCCUCAUGCAGCCUGUCAGGAAAGUGCAGUCAGCCACACACUUCAAAAAGGUUCGAGGGGCGUCCCGUGCCAACAGUCAAUUGAUGGUGGAUGACCUUCUGACCCCGUGUUCGCCUGGGGACCCAGCUGCCAUAGAGAUGACCUGGAUGGAAGUGCCUAGCGACAAGCUGCUGGAGCCCAUCGUCUGCAUGUCUGACAUGCUGCGGUCCCUGUCCACCACGCGCCCCACAGUCAACACGGAGGACUUGUUCAAGGUCAGGAAGUUCACAGAGGACUUUGGACAGGAGGGUUGAGAGAGCCUUGUCAUCUGGAGCUUAACAACUCCUUACCCUGUGUGGUGGAAAUGAAAUAUGAAUUACAUACUAUACUGUUUAAUUAGACAUACUAUGCUGUUUUACAUCGAGAUUUGUCUAUUGUUAUAUGUUAGUUUUUUUACUGAUACAGACUUGUCUUGUGUGACUUAGUGGGAAGAGCAGGGAGGAACAGAGUGGUGGCGAUAUCAGCUAUCUUGAUCUACACAGACGAGCUAAAUUACGUUUUAUAUCUCUGUUCCCAGGGCCUGUUUCUGCACAUCUGCUAAACUGCCACGUAGACAAAAUAGGUUGUACUUUUUCUAUAAGAGGAGAGAUACAACUCUGUUCAUUGCGCUUUCCUAACGAUGCACUGAUUGAGUGGUUGUUAUUGAUUGCUUCAUUUUGGCUAAUCUUAUAAUGAAGUUGAAGAAUACAGUCUCUCUCCUUUUGGUUAGAAUUACCACCACACCUGCCAAUUCUUCUCUCGAGCCCCAUUCAAACGACCAAGUUUGACUAACCUGCAUUGGCAAGAGUGAUGGAGCAUUUUAACUUCAUGUACAGUAUAUUAUUUCCCUCCGAUCAUUCACUAUUGCAGUCCUGAAGACAGAAAGACUAUUUAUUUCUCCGCCAUUUUGCACUUUUUUAAGUUAUUUGAAGUUAAUAAUUAUGAACGAGAGGUAUUGAAGCACUUUUGAACAAUUACAUGUUUCAUUGUUUUCUUGUCUCUCGUGUGUAAGUGCAUACAUGUCUUUUAUUCAAUGUGUCAGUCUUAAUGUAUGUCUUUUAUGUGUAUGAUUUCUCUGUUUGCUUUUUAAUUUAUUGAGUAUUGACUGACCAUUGCUGCUCCAGUGUUGCCACCUCUCCCAAUCCCCACUAGAGCUGUCCCUAUGUUACAAGUAGUGUUACUUACACUAUUUAUGAUUAUUUAUUUUAUUAUAUUUUAUCUUGUCAGUUGUUGAGUGGGGGAGGUGUUUACAUUUUAGUAUUUCUCUGUUGACAUGUGAGUGAAGAUGGGGAUGAGCAUAUUUGUAUUUCUGGAUUUGAACAUUGAAAAUAAUAUUUCCACAACAGACACUAUCAUAUUGUUCCAAUACUGUUGUCAUAAUAGUAUUGCUGUGUCUCUGUAUAGAUGGGGGUAUCGGUUCAGUAAUACUUAAGUCAGUUCUGGUCCCAAGGGGAUCUCACUCCUGUUACAUGUAGCUAUGAUAACCAAGUUACCCUGACUU